AUGAAGAAAUUGAAAGUUUUGGAUCUGAGCAAUUGCUUUCAUGUAAAGAGAACUCCCAACUUCUCUACUUCUGCAAAUUUAGAACGUUUGAUCCUAUAUCGCUGUGUUAGUAUAGUUGAAGUUGAUGGGUUGAUUUGUCAUUUGAAUCGCUUAGUUUCCUUAGAAGCAAGGCAUUGUCUGAAUCUUCAGAGGCUGCCAGACGAGCUGGGUGGAUGUCUUGCAAGCCUUGAAUACCUAUCUCUAAAGAACUGCAGAUCAUUGGAGAGGCUUCCACAUACAAUCGGGAAUUUGGAAUCGUUGAGUGAGUUGAAUAUAUCCGGAACGAGCAUCAAAGAACUACCUGAUUCCAUCGGAAAGUUGAAAAAUUUGAAAGUAGUGAAGAUGGGGGAAAGUAACUUAAGCAAAAUACCCGAUGCCUUUUGGACGAUUGAGAAGCUCGAAGAAAUAGAUGCCCACAAAAAAUAUGAUAUCGAGCAUUUCCAUGUGAAAAUUGGCAAUUGCAUCUACAGGAAUCAAUCAUUGAGGAUCUUGAAAUUGAAGAGUGCGGAUAUAUACGAACUACCGAAGCUUCCCGAAAGUCUUAUCGAAUUAAAACUGUGGGAGUUGAAUGUGGACACGUUUCCCGAUCUCUCCAACCUCACUAACUUAAAGAUAUUGAAUCUGAGCUUUGGCGUACCUAAUGAUGAUGUGAAAUCUAAUGCUCUUGUGGAAGAUCCGAUGCCACGGUGGAUUGGGGACUUCAGCAAACUAGAGUCUCUAGCCCUGCGCUCUCCUUAUGUGACCACCUCACCAACAGACCUUACCCUUCCUCCUCAUCUCAAGUCACUUCACCUCCGGUGCCCUAACAUGCGUCGCCUCCCCAGGCUUCCCUCCACUUUAUCCUCCUUGUGUCUGCAAUUUUGCUACUCACUUCGCUCGGUGGAGGAUCUAUCAAAUUUGAAGAAACUAUCAACUCUCGAGAUUUGGCACGGUGCAAUCUCAGAGAUUCCAGGCCUUGGUUGUCUGGAGAACCUACGUGAUUUGAAGUUUUGGAGCCUUGGCCAGGUGGAAAUACUACCUGAUCUAAGCAAAUUAAACAAACUAAGGCGUCUCCGAGUAGCAUGGUGUGAUAAUCUGAUUGAGAUUCAAGGUGAACUCCCAAAGUCUUUGGAAGUGUUGAAGAUUUUUUCUUGUGAAUCUUUCCAAAAGUUACCCGAUCUGUCAAGCUUAAAUGAACUGCAAAUGGUUGCAACAAAUCAUUGUGGGAAAUUAAAUGUGGAGGCAAUUUCUAGGCUUUGCUCAGAGAAGUCAAUCAGAUUUUUGCGAUAA